CUUCACUCUCAAUUUUCUUCUUCUUUUCUUUCCUCUCAUAUUCCCUUCUCUCUCCUCUCUGUUUACUCACACACACACACUCUCUAAUCUCUAUCCCACAAUGGAUCAUUAAAAAGAUCCAUGUGGUUAUCACCAUCAUCAUCCAGUACUACUGCUCACUUCCACUGAUAAAAUUCCAGAAAUCUCCAUUUCUCAAGAACCGAAAACAAAAAAAGAAACAUAAAAAACGGUACUUUUUUUGUUUAAUUUGAUUCCAUUUAUGUUUUUCAGAUCUACCAAAUUUUUCUUGUAUACUAAAUUUAUUUAUUUGUAGUUAAACUUAGUUAGUUAGAUACAACAGUCAUUAGUUAAUCUAGGGCUUUUUUUCAGUUCAUUACAAACCACAUGAUGAAGAAGAUCUAAGGAGAUAGAUAAUAGAUAAAUACACUGUGUUAGAUUUUUUUUAGGAUUUUAGGGUUUUAUUGAGUUUGAUGAAACUAAGACUAUGUUUAAUAAAAUCAUAAAACGAGCUAAUCGUAAAGGUUCUAAAGCGGAUGUGAAUGAACCAGCUUCAUAUGGAUAUCCUGGUGGUGGUGGUGGUGGUUUGAGAAACUCUGGAUCAGUUUCGACAUCGAAUGUUACUGUAAAUCAUUCGUCGAGAUCCACUGUUACAUCUACAGCUGGUAAUUCACAGCAGCAGCAGAGUACUAAUCAGAAUAGUAACAAUAAUAAUACUGUUACAUCUGAUAUUGUCGAAUUCCUACCGUUGUUUAGAGAUGUAGCUGUAUCGGAUCGGCAGAACUUGUUUCUAAGGAAAUUACAGCUUUGUUGUAUUCUGUUUGAUUUUUCUGAUAUGUUGAGAUUGGUUCGUGAAAAGGAAACGAAACGAGUGACUUUACUUGAGCUAGUUGAUUUCAUACAGUCGGGGUCAGGGAAAAUUACGGAGAAUGUUCAAGAAGAGUUGAUAAGAAUGGUUUCGAUUAAUAUUUUUAGGUGUUUACCACCGGCUUCACAUGAGAAUACCGGGUCUGAAACUAAUGACCCAGAUGAAGAUGAACCAUAUCUGGAGCCAGCUUGGUUGCAUCUGCAGAUUGUUUAUGAACUAUUAUUGAGAUACAUUGUUUCGUCAGAUACCGAUACGAAGAUAGCUAAGCGGUACAUUGAUCAUUCGUUUGUUCUGAAGCUACUUGAUUUGUUUGAUUCUGAAGAUCCUCGUGAGCGAGAGUAUUUGAAGACUAUCCUUCAUCGUAUCUAUGGGAAAUUCAUGGUUCACCGCCCGUUUAUAAGAAAAGCAAUCAACAAUAUCUUUUAUCGGUUUAUAUUUGAGACUGAAAGACACAGUGGAAUUGGUGAGUUGUUGGAGAUUCUUGGAAGUAUAAUAAAUGGGUUUGCUUUGCCGAUGAAAGAGGAGCAUAAGUUGUUCCUUGUCAGGGCCCUUAUUCCCCUUCAUAAACCUAAAUCCGUUGGAUUGUACCACCAGCAGUUGUCUUACUGCAUUACCCAGUUUGUUGAAAAGGAUUAUAAGCUGGCAGAUACAGUUAUAAGGGGGUUAUUGAAGUACUGGCCAGUCACAAACUGCCAAAAGGAGGUUCUGUUUCUCAACGAGCUUGAAGAAGUGCUCGAGGCUACUCAAUCUCCAGAAUUUCAACGUUGCAUGGUUCCUCUUUUUAGACAAAUCGGUCGCUGCCUUAACAGUUCCCAUUUCCAGGUAGCAGAACGUGCCCUCUUCUUAUGGAACAACGAACACAUCGUGAGCUUAAUAGCACAGAACCGUAGUGUGAUUUUCCCAAUCAUAUAUGAGGCACUGGAAAGAAACAUGCAAAGCCACUGGAACCAAGCGGUUCAUGGACUGACUGGAAAUGUGCGGAAAAUGUUUGUGGAAAUGGAUAAUGAGCUAUUUGAAGAGUGCCAAAGACAGUAUGAAGAGAAAGAAUCUAGAGCUAAAGGUAAAGAAGAGCAAAGAGAAUUAACAUGGAGGAGACUAGAAGAGGUAGUUGCGGCAAAGGCUGGUGGAGAAGAAGUAAUGGUUAGCUGAUUUGUUAGGCGUCAGGUGACCACUCCAGUUGCCGUCUCUUUCUCUCAUGGAUGGGUGGAUGGACUAUUUUCACACUCUGCCGUCCAUCCAAUUUGUUGUUGUUCCUUUUUUGAAUUUUUUUUCUUAGAUCCGUCUUUUGGAGAUGCCCAGGAAUAUCAAAUGUUGAUAAAAAGACAGUGAGAGAUGUAAUUUAGAAUACCAUGAUAAUGGGGCUGGCAGAUUGUUAAUGAUUUGUGUAAGAUUGUUUUGUAGUAAUUCUUUUUUUUUUUCCUUUCAAAAAAGGAAGUACUGAAUUUUUUUGUUAUUAUGAUUCUCAAAGCAGCCUAAUCUUUUGUUAUA